UUGUUCAAAUUAAAUUUGCUUAAGCACAAAACUAAUUUGAAGAGUCUUUUUUAGAGCACAACAAAGAAUAGAUACCAAGUUUGUGGUGUAAGAAAGGGCAAAACUAUGGAAGGAUGAAAUUUGGACAUAAAUUCUAAACUUGGUCCACACAUAGUCAUGAUUUUGGACAAGUAACAUUGAUUCUUUAGAAGGGCAAGAAAUCAUCUGCACCAAAUUUUGCAUCAGAAAAAGUUAUAAGUUAUCUGAUUAUCAAACUUUCUCUCAACAUACAUACAAAAAAAAAAUCCAAUUCUCUCCCUUCAUGGCAGAUCGAAGGUCAUUAUUCUCUCGAUUUUGGCCUCCGUCGGCUUCACGCCGCACACCCACCACCCAAACUACUGCUGCACCACCACCAGCAACCACUACUAAACCCAAACCUCAAUCCCAAUCUAGUAGCCAGACCAGCUCCACCUCAUCACCACCACCACCUCGAGCAGAAACCAAGACUCCGGUCAUGCAGUCGACCACCAAAGGCAGCAGCCCUCCCGCCCCCUCCCCCGCCACUCCACCUAGAGCAGAGCCUCGAAAGGCAUCCCCCGAGCCAAGCAAAUCGCCCGCAGGCAAAUUGCAAACCAAAGACGAGCCUGAAACCUCAUCACCAUCGCGUUCAACUAUGCGGUCCCCAUCCUCAUCAAAGCCUGCUUCGCCCUCUCGUUUAUCAGCUCAAUCUAGAUCACCUCAUCAGCCUCCCUCUUCACCCCAACCACGAUCCUCGCUUCAGUCCCCGUCUCGAGUGAUCUCGCUGACUCCUUCCACGCCCAAACGAGCAUCAAAAUCUCAUUCUCCAUCCCGUGUCACUUCUCGUUCUCCUAAGCAGCAGGUGUCGUCGUCUAGCCCUCCUAAGGGGAAACAGCCUGCUUCCCCAUCAAAAGAUUCAACACAGCCUACUGAAAAGAUCUCCACUUCGUAUGAAGCCCCCAUUUUAGCUUCUAAAGAGAAUGAUCCAAAGCCUGCAGCAUCUCAACAAGAAGCAGAGGUGAAGGAAGAGGUUAAACCUGAUAGUGCUGUAGCAGCCAACGGCCAAACUCAGCAAGGGACAAGCUUCAAGCACGACGAUGUGGAAGCCAAGCCUUCUCAAUCAUCGCAACUUCACAAUGAAGCACCACCUGCCCAAGGUCCGGAGACACGUGAAACGAGCAAAAGCUUGGGCUCUUCCAUUGUCAAUGAUGGCCGACAUGCCCCCGACAUCAAACUGGAUGCAAAGCAUAAAGAAACUAAGGAUGUGAAGGAAGUAGUGGAAGCAACAAAAACAGAAGCUGGCGACGAGAAAAAGAAGGAAGUCAAUGAUUCUAUUGCUCCAAAGUCUACCUCUGAUGCACAAAUUGUUGAAAAGGCUGAAAUCCCCAGAGAGAAGCAAGCGGCCCCCAGCACGAAGGAGGUUUUAGCAACACCUGGUUAUGCUACAGCUUCUCAACCGGUGAAGAAAAGCAAGAGCUCUAGUGCUCAGGAGAAACCUGCUCUACCAAAUGAAGAACACACCCCGUUGCACAAAAACAUCAAGGCCGACAUGUCAAAGUUUGCCAACGAAUUAGCCGGUGAAGACCACAAAAAAGCCAUUUCUGAUAGACCUGUAAGUGUGAUAACCAUUGCAGGAGAAAAUAGAGGAGCAUCAAUGCACAUGGAGUCUGAUUCCUCAAAAGGAGAAGGGCAGAUUCACAUUCAUCGGAGCUAUAAGAGCAACCCCGAUCAAAGUCCUGAAGCAACCACUGAUGGAGAGGAAUGCUCUGCAGGGAAAAAGUCAGAAGACGAGAGAAGCAUGGAAGAUCAACUGACGGAGGCAUAUGUAAACAACAACGCACAAGGGAUCAACAACUCCAUUGUGUUCAACAGUUCCAUAGUUGAAGGAAGCCCCGGAGUUCACAUGGUUGUCAGCCAUCUACCAAAGGAACCAAUCCGGUCAAAAGAUGAAAUAAGUUUGCCAGAGGCACGAAAGGCUGAAGUUAACACGAGCCGUGCAGAGAAGCUCACCUAUCAGCCGACAAUAAGGAGAAGAUGCCUUAGAGGUCUUCUAUUGGAAACGAGUGAUUCUGAUCAAGACAAUCCUGAGAAGCCUAGACGCCAUGGUUGCCGUGUUGCCUGCCAGAAAGAGGAUAGAAAGAACAACAUAGAUGUUCUCUAAGAUGAAAAUCACAAGUCCACAUGCAUACAUACAUAAUAAAGCAGAUACUGCACUUGAACCAACACUUGCUUGUAAAGAUUUUACAUGUAAAUAAAUAAACGAACAUUUGCCAUA